AGGAAGACUUGAUAGGGCCUGAGGUGUAGGGUAAGGAGAGGACGAGGAGAGAGAGACAGAGGGGGAGGAGGCUGCUCUCAUCAAAGGACCUCUCAGACUCUACAAGUUAAUGAGGGAUGUAGCAGAGACCCUUAAGUCCUUAGACCCUGACAGCUAUACACAGGCAGAGGGACAGGCAGGCAGACGGCGGUACAGAAAAAAAGAAAGGAACUGAGGACAACAUACUCAUUGAGUCUGAAAUGACGUGGCGUGAGCUACGGAGUCGGCAGUUCUGGAGAGCCACGUUAGCAGAGCUGCUUGGCACCCUGGUGUUAGUAAGCACCGUGCUGGGUGCCUCUGUGCCAGGUCCGGGAGAGACCCUUGGGGGACCUCUGUACCCAGCUGUUGCAGUGGGGGUGGUGAUUAUUGCACUGGCACACUGUUUUGGAGAAAUAAGCGGGGCACAGGUGAACCCAGCAGUGACUCUGUCUCUGUUGGCCACUCGGAGGGUGGACGUUGUCAGGGCCCUUGUUUACAUUGCUGCACAGUGUUUGGGGGCUUCUUUAGGAACUGGAGCCCUCUACCUGGCCCUGCCGCUGAAAACCACAGCAGAGCACUUCGUCAACAGGGUGCCUAUAGAACUGAAUGCAGCUCAGGCUCUGGGCAUAGAGGUUUUGUGCACCUUCCAGAUGGUGUUCACUGUGUUCUCAGUGGAGGACCAGCGACGGAGGGACUGCCCAGAACCAGGAAACUUAGCCAUUGGAUUAGCACACACCGCUGGAGUGUUAAUAGGGGCAAGGUUCUCUGGUGCGUGUAUGAAUCCUGCACGUGCUCUGGGUCCCGCGAUCAUCACUGGUUUCUGGGAAAAUCACUGGGUUUACUGGAUCGGACCAGUGCUCGGCUCUGUACUGGGUGGAGUGUCCCAUGAGUUCUUCUUUGCACGGAGUGCCUCUCGCCAGAAGCUGGUGGCUUGUCUGACCUGUAAGGAUAUUGAGAUCGUGGAGACAGCCAGUAUGACUGGAUCAUCACUGUCCACGGUCACACAGAAUGCCAUGCGAGCCAAACAGGCCAACAAACAGGAUAAUAACUGAGGACACAUGCAUUAAAAAAAACACAUAGAAACACACACAGACACACAUUCUGCAAUACUACAGUGAUUUUUAUGAAGAUGCAUAGUGUACAGUUCAGCUGUGUAUACUAUAAGGUUAAACUUCUGACAUAUGAAAACUCCAUACAUGAUUGAUUAUGUCUUGCAAUAUAGAAAGUAAUACAGUGGCUGCCAAUGAGGUGGGUUAUCAUACAGGAAUUUUAAAACACUUGAUAAAUUGUAGGUCUUGAUGAAGAAAUAUUUAAAUUGUAGGCAAACCACAGUAGAGGAUAAUCAAUCAAUGUACCAGCAACUCAAAACAUGAAUGAAUGUAUUGACAUUCCAAUUUCCAAUGAGUUUCGGAGGCUUUUUUCACUUCACACAUUUUGACCUGGUGGUACCAGUAGGAACGCGCAGGUGUAAAUAAUUAGAUUAAUGAUGCUGAAUUCAGUGUAGCUGCUUUGGUUUCAAGGUCCUGGUAUUGUUCAUGCUGGCAUGACUGUAACAGAGUCACCAUUAAUGUUACUAGUAACACCUUUGCUUUUGCUACUAUGACUAGUCAAAAUGUCUGCUGUGAAAAAGCUCCAUAAUACAAGAUUUCUACCCUAAAACAGCCUUUGGUAACUGGUAGGCUAACUAUGUACAUGUGAUUGAGGGAAAAGUAUAACGUAAACAACAUAUACAAGGUAGCACAGAAAAGGAAAUAAUCAACUUUAGCACCAGUACUUCAAAACUUGUUUGUUACUUCCCACCUCCAAUGAUCUGUAACUUCAGGGAGUAAAAACAAAUCUGGUAACUUCAGAUGAACACAAUCAUUGUUGCCACAAGUGACAUUUAACAUGACUACAGUUAAUAUUUUAACCUUUUAUCUUCUUUAUGAUAAUAAUGUAGGCUAUCAAGUGACAAUAUAAAAACAAUGUGACAAUGUGAAAUUUGUCUCAUGUAGUGAUAAACCUGCAGAGAAUGAUCACCUUAAUCUGCAGCUUUAAAGAGUUUUGUAGUGAGUCUCAACUCAUUUUUAUUCUGCCUCAGUUUUACUGUUUAUCCUUUCAGUGUCUGUCCAUUGAAACACUGUCAGGCUCAUAAUGUUCAAAAAACAAAAUCUGGCUCAAAUGAGUUUGUUUCCCUGUUGCUCUUUACUGCCCAUGUGGAGAGAACUCAAUGGUGAAGCUGCAUUAUAAAGGGGCUGAGUGUGACCUUUGAGGUCCUAGCUGCCUGUCAUUAGUGUAUGUAAAAGUGUAGCCAAUAUUGUGAGAUUCAGUAUUGUUACUUUCACAUUUGCACAUCAUUAGAAUAUAUAAUGGAGGCUCAUUGAAAUCCUGCUGAAAAACACCCUUAUGUUCACCAUUUUUUAGUUUCAUCUCAUGUUUGUGAAUGCUUUGAAAUGCUAAAUAGGUCCUUGCCCCGCACUGCAGGUUCAAUGAUGCUCUCAAUCAGCCCAACAUCUCUCUCAUGUUUGUGCCUGUUAGUGUCUGUCUCUUCUCCGGGGGCGCCUAUUCACAAUCAAAUGGACCUUCAUAUCUCUGUAACGGCUCUGCAGAAAGAACACCGUCAGUGGAAAUAAGCUUUGUAAUUUGAAAUGCAUACAACAAGCGUACUCGUGUGUGUGUGUAUGUGUGUGUGUACAUGCAUGUUUAGGUGUGUGAGAGACAAUAUUUUUUGCUUUCCUGAAACCUUUAUUCAUAUGUUCAUGAUUUUUUUUGGCAUAAAUUGCUGCAUGUCUUGUCCUAAAAUAUAUUUUAAAGGGUCACUUCACUCAGCUCAACUGGUAUUCAGUCAUGCAGACAGAUGUGGUUUCACAAUAUUAUGCCUCUAUCCCAGUACACUCUGUGCACCUAGUGGUAAGUGAGAAAAAAAUUUUGGUUUUUCUUUUGUGAUUUGGAUGAACUGACCAUUUAAAAUCAACAUGUAACAUUCUAAACAUUAUAUUUAUUGUGUAUCAACAUUAAUAUUUUGGGUUCAAAAAUACUGUACGUUAUAUUAUCUGGACUCAUAAAAUAAAACCAUGUUAGUGAUCAGUAUCACUGUAGCAGUAUAAUUGCAUGCACAGCGCACACAUACUCAAACAUGAACACAAUGAUCUGCAAUAAACUGUUUACACACACACACACACACACACAGACACAAUAGCUAUAACUGCCACGGUGCCGCCAGCAUUUUGCAUUGUGUGUGUUCUUUCUAACAUGUAUAAAAGGGAGUUAAAACGGCAAGCUCAGCGCUCUGCUUUCAUCACCCCCCCCCCUUCACCUCCCUCAACAGUGAUGGCUCUCGACUGGUCAGCGUGAUGCCCUGGUGCUCCUCAGUAACCCCAUCAUCCACCCCUCCCUCCC